CAAAGGCAGCUGUGCUGGAGAGGAAACUUUGCUGAGGCUUUUUCAGCUGCUGCUUGUUCCCUGACACCACUUGAGAAUCACCUCUACUGCAAUGGGGCGGCAGAAGGACAUUCUUGCUACCAUUGAGGAGCACCUGAGGAUCAGAAACAAAUUAGUGCGGCAAGCGCUGGCUGAGUGCUUGGGGACACUGAUCCUAGUGCUCUUUGGCUGUGGUUCAGUUGCGCAGAUCAUUCUCAGCAGAGGGACUCAUGGAGGUUUCCUGACUGUCAACCUGGCCUUUGGCUUCGCUGUAACGCUCGGCAUUUUGAUCGCAGGGCAAGUGUCAGGUGGACACCUGAACCCAGCUGUCACUUUUGCCAUGUGCUUAUUGGCCCGGGAGCCCUGGAUCAAGCUACCAAUUUAUGCCCUUGCACAAACCCUGGGAGCUUUCCUUGGAGCUGGCAUAGUCUUUGGGCUGUACUAUGAUGCUAUCUGGGCUUUUAACAAUAACCAGCUCAGUGUUACAGGAGUGAAUGGCACUGCUGGUAUUUUUGCCACCUACCCAUCUGAGCAUCUGAAUGUUGUGAAUGGCUUCUUUGACCAGUUCAUUGGCACUGCCUCCCUGAUUGUUUGUGUCUUGGCUAUUGUUGAUCCCUACAACAACCCCGUCCCCACUGGGCUGGAGGCUUUCACAGUUGGCUUUGUCGUCCUCGUUAUUGGAACCUCCAUGGGCUUCAACUCUGGCUAUGCUGUCAACCCUGCCAGGGACUUUGGGCCUCGUCUCUUCACAGCCAUUGCUGGCUGGGGCACUGCAGUGUUCCAGGUUGGUAAGCCGUCCCACUGGUGGUGGGUUCCAGUUGUUGCUCCUUUCCUUGGGGCAGUUGCGGGAGUGAUUGUCUAUCAGCUGACAAUUGGAUGUCAUGAUGAGCCUUCUCCACCUGCCUCUGAGCAGGAAACAGUCAAGCUGGCUAACGUGAAGCACAAGGAGAGGGUCUGAGGAAGCUGCCACACAGAUCUGGCAGGUAUUCAUUACUCAGGACUGCAGCUGGCAAAAAGGAGACGUUAAGAAGAGCUUCAAGAACAACAGGAAGAGUUUUUUACCUGUCUUGAGAUAUUCUAGUUAUUUUUUUGUUUUGUUUUUGUAUAUCCCUGACAUAUUUGCUUUUGACAUUUCCCUGUGAGCCCUCCUCCAAAUGCAGUAUCAUGUAAUCUUUUCCUAAAAGAAGGGGAUUGAAGACUGUAGGAGUCAGGAGAGAAGUGGGAAUUGCAGUCCAACAUAAAUCAGGUGUUCAGGAAUUUGAAGCUCUUUUGAGCUAUGUUGCUGACAUUGCCUGUGACCUUGGCAAGCUGCUUCCCUUCAAACCUGAGUUCCAAUCUGUAGAAUGGGGAUCAUGCAAAACAAAUAGUUUUGCUGGCAUGGAUUGGAAACUCCUGCAUCCUGGAGGAAAUUUGCCUGUGAUUCUGUGGAUCAAAUUCUGCUUGAUGUUGCUCUAAUGUCAGUACUUUCACACCAGGAAUUAACUAGUCUAGAGGAUUAUUAGCCAAACUUUUAUAUCUCUUAUGAAUUCCUAGCUAUUGUAUCAGUCAGCUGAUCCACAAUGUCAGCGCAGUGAGUAACACUGCAUUGGAUUUUCAUUUAAUUUUAAGACUAAGUGUUUACAAAGAAGUGCACCCUGGUGUUCUAAUAAAAAUUUUUAGUAUUGCCAAGUCCUAGAAGAUCACAUCUAGGAAGUCCUUAUUCUAACCAAGGCUAACUUAGACAGAAAGCUUGGCUUCCAGAAGCAGACUUUCUAAUUAAUCAGCUUGUAUAUAAACUGCAAGCAGCUAAUAGCCAAGAUCCACUGGAAACAUAGUGUUGCUUGAGUUGCGUGUGUUCAUGUAAAUUUUACAAAGGUGUUGUUGGGUUGUUUUUUUGGUUUUUUUUUUUGUUUUAGUAGAUUUAUCUAUAAAUAUACUCCUUAAAGCUGUUACAAAAUACCAAGGUUGGGAUGAGUUCAUUUAGAGAUGUAUGGGAACUGCCGAUUCUCUGUCAGCUUUGAGAUAAUUUUGGGUUUUCCUUGGAUGGUCUUGGAUUACGGCAUUGUGGUUUUUGGAGCACCUCCUUUUCUACCUUGCAGAAUAACUGGGAAUAUCCCUGGUACUCAUGGCUGAGGGACUGAGGUCAGGCACCUCCUGUACUAGCAGUACUGGCAUCUCAGGGGAUCUCUGGCUCUCCCAAUGCCAUAAUAUUACAAAGUAUUUGAAAAAAAAUAUUGUUGUGAAAGAAUUUGUAAGUCCCAUGCAUUAGAGAAACUUGUUCAAAGCCUAUUUCUUUAAUGCAUAAAUUAAUUGAAAAAUGUAUCUUUGUACACAUUUCCAGUCACUAAAAGGAUGUAUUCUUUUUUUUUUUUCCUUUUUAAAAAAAUAAAAUGUCAAUACCCAUGAUGUGAAAUGCUAGUGUUGGUUGUAUUUUUAAGCAUCUGUCAGCAAACUUCACCAUGGAAAGGAAGUCAUCUAUAGCAAUAGCUUCCUCAAGCUCUUUUCCUCUUCAGCCUGGGUGAAGGGGAAUUAACCCUUUCAGGCAGUACCUCUACAUGCUCCAUUUGUGAUUUACUCCUUUCCCUUUUGGGGUGUGAUUUCUGAGGCAUGUGGAGGAGGAGUAGCUGUGUUCAGUAUAGUGACCAAGGUAUGGGCUGGGUGUGAGAUUGUCCUGCUGUCAGGCAUCUUAUUCUUAAGGCAAAAGAACAGCUGGUUAAGUGUUUGUCCUUCACCCAUUGUAAAAUUUAAAUUCCCUUUCUGUUCUUAACAUAGUUCUGAAUGUGAAAUCCUACUCUGCCUUCAUCUACUGUCCAGCCCCAUCUAGCAUAUUACGAGUCAAUUUUUUUUUUCUGUAGCUAUGCCAGGCAAGGAAAAGUACAACAGACCUGAACACAGUGCUCACAGAAUUAGAGAAGCAACUUACCUAUAAAUAAAAUUCUUGUUUCUCUUUGGCUGGUGUGUGUACUGCUGUAUUUUUCCUGUAUUAAUUAUGCUGCCUUAAAAUAACUCCUCACUUCCCACAUAGUGCCAUACUGAGGAAUUCAGUGAGGUCUGAAUGAAUGUGGUUUCCUGCAAUUCACCAGCUAGGAAUCAAAUGGCUUUUGGAAAGAAAUUUCCCAGGUUUGUUUGAUUUGCUCUCUAUGUGUGGACAGCACAUUGUUUUUUGGUUCUUUUUUUUCAUUUCUAACAUGAAAGUUUAUCCCUCCAACUCCGUGCAGCAGCCUUGUAUAUUACUGUGUUCAACUAACAUAGCUGCAGAAUUCAAUUCUCAUUUCCCUUCAUGACUGCCUCUUACUCUACUCUUCCACCACUUUGUAUCUCAAACUGUCUUGAUUGAUACAUGAAAAUUCUUGCUGCAGAUCUUAAGACUUUUGAUUCAUGGUGUAGUGUGGGUUCUGGAUUUUUUGGUCUUUUUCCCUUUCUCUGUUUGUUUGUGGGUUUUGUGGUUGUUGUUUCAUUACUAACCAGAUUACUCUUGCUUUUGCCUGGAAUGUAGCAAUCAGCUUUUACUAUAUCAGUGCCUUACUCAUGCCUCAAUGAUGUGUGUUAUUACCAUUUAUUAAAAUGGCAAUAAAAUGUCAGUUUCAGGCUGAAUUUUCUUUCUU